AUGGUUUUGGAUCUGAAUACAAUCAAAGGUAUAGCGAUCCUCGACCAGGAUGGUAACCGAGUUCUUGCUAAGUACUAUGAUAUGGAAGCUUUUCCUACAACGAAGGAGCAAUUAGCUUUCGAGAAGAGUCUUUUCCAAAAGACUUAUAAAGCGAAUGCCGAAAUAAUACUACUUGAUGGAUUAAUCUGUGUUUACCGCAGUAACGUUGAUUUAUUAUUCUAUGUUGUGGGAAGUUCUGAGGAAAACGAGCUCAUUCUUAUGGCUGCAUUGAACUGUCUUUAUGAUUCUUUCUCAAUAGUAUUGCGGAAAUAUGUUGAAAGAAAGACCCUAGUUGAUAAUAUGGAUAUAGCUAUGCUUAUUAUAGAUGAAUUAUGUGAUAAUGGAGUGCUGAUGGAAACAGAUGCCCAGGCAGUAGCAGCAAGAGCAUUGCGGUCGGAUGAAAUAACAUUAAGUGAACAGAGUUUGUCCCAAGUCGGUAUCUCGGUAAUUAUUCAUUACUUUUUUUUCAAUCAUUUUUUGCAGGGAUUCUAA